CGGGAGUGUCGGAUAUGCCGCGAGGAAGUGAGACCAACCUAUGAGGAGCAGGGCUUCGCCAAUCUGGACCGAGCUCGAGGAAAACCUCCGAGGAAGACAUACUACAGCGAGGAAGACGGAUACCUGAUUAAUCCUUGCCUGUGCAAGGGAUCUGCGAAAUGGAUCCACGAAAACUGCUUACAGCAAACAAGAUAUUCAGGCCUCAACCCCGAUCACAUGUAUCGGUGCCCUACAUGUAAAUAUGAGUACAAGCUUCAAAACUUGACCUGGGCUCGUUGGCUUCGAAGUCCAAUCCUAGCCUUUGUUCUUGCUGUACUCAUCCUGGCUGUUUCUAUCUUCCUGCUUGGAUUCGUGGCGGACCCGAUCUUGAACCUCUGGAUCGACCCAGUUGGCGCAAUCACAGAGGGUAUAGGAAUCCAACUUGACCCGGAGGAGCAGGCAAUAUUCGAUGAACUAGGCAUCAAGGAAGGCUGGCUUACGCACUUUGGGAAGGGCACGAUGUCUCUUGGCGUGCUUGGAUUUGUCAAAGCCUUUCUGGCAAUGACACCUUGGCAGUGGUGGAAUCUUCGAGCCUCCGGUGUCGUUGGUGGACCUGCCCGCCGUGGAGGCACGGGGCGUGAUCGUCUGGAAAACAUGAGUUUGGCUUUAGUCGUGAUCGGAGUAGCCACCUUCUUUUGGGCCGUCUGGAAGGGCACCCGAGCCUGGACACAAAGAACGCUUGAUCGAGCCAGCGAAAAGGUGAUGAACGUCCAGUCGGAUGACGACGAUGACGAC